AACCCUAACGACAAAGUACUAAAAAAAUAUAACAAUAAAUAAAUAAAUAAAGAUGGCGGACUGCGUCUUCCAUGCAGAGCUUCGUGGUACACUGUACUCUUAUGAAGAUCUUGUAAAGCUCCAGUGGUGUUAAAUUGUAUUCGAAGUGUUAUUGUGAAUCAGUUUUAUUAACUUUUAGUAUAUAUUAAGAAGUAAGUGACGAUUUAUCGCAAAUGGACGGAAAUAAUAUUAUCGCUGUAAAAGAUGGCGAUCCGACGCGCCCUGCUGAGUUAGAAGCGCCACCUGCCGUGGAUGUCCCAAAUCAGAAUCUUGAAGGAGUUGUGAGAAAGAAAAGGAGGCGCGGGAAAUCCAAACGCAAAAUAACGAAACCGUUUUCGAAAAUGCCGUGGCAAGAAAGAAGAAAAAAUGACAAAUCAAAGAGAAAUAAUAGAUUCCGGAAGAUAGUUUUAGCUAAAACACAUGCGCCAUUUAAUAACAAUCAAUUUUUAAUGGAAAUUCAUAAACCAGAACCAGAAAAUUCUUUUCAUAUUUUAAGGACACCAUCAGCCCGCACUCGCGAUUCCAGUUUCAGCGUGGAUUCUGAAGAAAACUAUUUUUAUUCGUUGCCCGAUGAUGAAGAGGAAUAUUUAACAAAGGAGUUUUCAAGUGUUUAUGAAGACGCACAAAGUGAAAGAUUGUCCAGUAUGACAAAAGAUGAUCUGAUACAGGAGUAUUUAUUAUUGGAAGCCAAAUACGAAAAUCUGGUCAAAAGAACCGAGCGUUCAAGAGCGAAGUGCGCAGAAGAAGACAAAGACGUCACCAACACCGACAAGGAUGCUUCGAUCACUGACAGAGACAGUAUGGUAACCGACAGAGAUACCUCUGGAACAUCCGUAGGAUCAAGUGUUGAUGAACAGUCGAUAAGUGAAAUGAUGCAGCGUAUGAAGGAACAAGAAGAACAAAUACAUUCGCUACAGCUGGAUAACGAAAAACUUCGACUUGAAAAUGAACAUUUACGACAGAGGUCCCAGGACUCAUCAAGUGCAGAUUCUGAAAGUGAUAGUUCUUCAACUUCAGACAGCGACAGUACCUCUAGUCGCAGUGCAAGCCCUAUAGCUGAGCCAGUUCUUGAGGACUGCAAUAAUUUAUCCAUUGAAAAUCAUGUUCAUGUUAAUGGCCAAAAUGAAGAGACUGAAGGUUCUGAAGCUAUUUACCCUAUGGUUAAUGGCUGCCAUGAUUCAAAUGAAUAAGUUUUAAACAUUCAUUGGUUAAUAGUAAACAGGCUGUCAAAAUUGUGUAACAGUAUUUUAAGUCUAUUUCUGCUUAUUCCUUUGUUACAUUGGGACAAGUACAUUUCAUGGUGUAAUGUGCGAAUUUACAUGACAUGCAUUUAUUUAAUUGCAUCUUUGUGUAGCAGACUGUACAAAUUCCCUCGAACAUUCUUUUCCUCGACAUUGUGGAAAUGUAAUUGUGAGAUCAUAAUUCUUUAGAUUUAGUGAAAUUUUUCUGUGAUAUCCUUGUGGAUAUUUUAUUGGUAGUGAUUAAUUAAUAUAAAAAAGUUGUUUCCAAAUAGAUCUCACUUUUAUGUUUAUACAGUGGGAUAUUAUGUAGGCUAGAUCUAAGUGAAAAUGUUGUAGAGUAUUGAGUAUAAUUUAUUUUGAAUUAUUAUUGUAAUCUUAUAUUUUAUGGUUGCCUUUGAUCUUGUUACAAAUAGGUGUUCUUUUUUAUGUAAUAAACUCAAUUGUGUCAAGUACUUGUAGAAAUAUUGAAUAUUAAUUAUAUUUAAACAGGGAUGUAACUAUUAUGUUCUGCUGCGCCAUUAAACAUUAAUAUGUCAGGUUUUAUUUUUUAUGUAUGUUAUAUAUCUGCCACUUGCACUGCUGCGAAAUCCUUUUACACUUUAAUAUUAUUUACCAUAGUGGACCUAGAAACAUAGUUUUUGGAUGGAAUAAGAAAACAGUAAAAUAUAUAUAUACUUUAUAAGUUGAAAA